AAUAGAGGUUUUACUUGGAAGGCCACAACCAUAUGUUGUUUGAACAACUGAAAUUUCUCAAAUUUCAUGUCUGAGUAGGAAAACAUUUCUGAACAUUCUUCACGACAAUCAAAAAGAUGAACGGAUUAUAAUGAGAAAUCUUGUUCAGAACCUGCAAGGAUUUGGAGGCUUUGAUAAUGUGGACAAGGAAAGCGAUCCAAGUUUAGUCUUCAACAACUGUUCUCAUGUUUCUAAGCAAGAUACGCCAACCAAUCCUAGCAAUUUGAUUAGUAUAAAUAUCCAAACUUUAGAAGCUGAAACUAAGAAACAAGUUGAAAAUGAAACUGAGUGUUGUGGACGUGAACACCAAAUAGUUCUUGAUCAUUCUGUAGUUCCCAAGGGGCAUAUUGAAAUGGCUCCGAGUCUAUCAGAAAGAAGGUGGAAAGAAGAUCAACUCGACACAGAACGUGGAGGAAACAAAAGCAUCCAUGAGGUCCUCUGCUGUUCUUAUUCAGGUAAUAGAAGUCAAACUGGUGCAAAUGGGGGAAAAUCCAUCAAUAAGAGAGUUACUAUUCACAUGAGAAACAACAUCAAUUCAUUCCAGGAGCAGAAUGGGAAGGUAAUAAUAUUACCUGAUAGACUAGAAGAGCUAUUCAUACUAGUCACAACAAGGAGAACUGACAAUGAUAGCUGAUCUUGCAGGUCCCGCUUAUAAGCUUGAGUUUCCGACAAUUAGCAAGCCAAGAUCAACCCUCAGAUUUCCUCGAGGUGAUUUCACUAGAGGAGAAGGAGGAGGAGCAAACAAAGAGGAUACUAUCAGUGAAUGAAAUCAUGAAAGGUGAAAGGUCAGAUCCUAAAUGGAGUUUGUA